AACAUAGCAAUUGAACGCAGCAUGAGACCAGUGAGGAAAAAAGAGGAAGAAAUCCACGUAGCUCGUCUCGCAUCGUAACGGUCCAGACGUAAAAUGUCCCUAAUACACGUCUAUUUGAACGAAGCUCGCAUUUAUUAGGAACACAGCGGUGCUCAUCGUGGCGGGCUGAGGCGGGAAAGGCCACAUUAGCCCCGUUCGCUGUAAGGCAGAGGACUAAAAUGGAGCUGGAAGACGGAGUUGUGUACCAGGACGACCCCGGGACAUCAGCGAUGAUGUCGGAGCGGGUGUCGGGCCUGGCCAACUCCAUCUACCGCGAGUUCGAGCGGCUCAUCGGCAAGUACGACGAGGACGUGGUGAAGGAGCUGAUGCCGCUGGUCGUGGCCGUGCUGGAGAACCUGGACUCGGUGUUCGCGGAGAACCAGGAGCACGAAGUGGAGCUGGAGCUGCUGAAGGAGGACAACGAGCAGCUCAUCACCCAGUACGAGCGCGAGAAGGCGCUGAGGAAGCACGCGGAGGAGAAGUUCAUCGAGUUUGAAGACACCCACGAGCAGGAGAAGAAGGACCUGCAGAACAACAAUGAGAGAAUGGAGUCCCACUCCCGCCAGCUGGAACUCAAGAUCAAGAACUACGCAGACCAGAUCGGCCGGUUGGAGGAACGGGAGCUGGACCUGAAGAAGGAAUACAACUCCCUCCAUCAGCGGCACACAGAGAUGAUCCAUAAUUACAUGGAGCACGUAGAGAGGAUCAAGCUGCAGCAGAUCAGCGAGACGUCGGAGUCGAGCACAGUCGGUCGAGUCAGGAGGGAGCGGCCGCUUUCCUUGGGAAUCUUCCCCUCGUCCGGUGGCGCCUCCCUGCUGAUCCCGGACCCCCAGGCCCGAGCGGAGACGCCGGGCACAGAGAGCUGGAAGUUCACAGACCCGGCACAGCCACGGUCCAACGCCAGCCUGAAGUUGGACUUUAUGGACCCCCCAAAGGAAAGGGAGGGUAAGAAUGCACAGGACUCUACGUGGGGGAAUUCACUGGCAGACGACUGCAAGGACGAGUUGUCAGACUUCACGGGCUCCAAGUCGGCCACGCCGAUGUCCACCACGGCCUCCGACAUGGAGAGGGAAGACGGUAACAGUAAGAGCACAGAGGUGCAGGCAGCACCGGGGACGAGAUCCGUAUCCGUGGGUUUGCCUGAAAAUGAAGACAGCUCAGACGUGCAGGACAUCAUUGAGUCCACUCCUGAGCUGGACAUGGACCUCAUAGCCUACAAACCCUGCAGCACUCCCACCAAAGGCAUCGAAAACAUGGCGUUCGACCGCAACACCGACUCCCUGUUUGACGAGCUGUCGUCUGCAGGCACCGGGCUCAUAGGGGAUGUGGAUGAAGGAGCAGACCUGCUGGUGGAGUAUUCUGACCUUAGUUUGAUUGGUAUGGGCAGAGAAGUUGAAAAUCUCAUUCAGGAGAAUUCACAGCUUCUUGAGACAAAGAACGCUCUGAAUGUAGUGAACAAAGACCUGAUCCUGAAGGUGGAUGAGUUAACCUGUGAGAAGGAAAUGCUGCAGGGCGAGCUGGAGGCCCUGCUGCUGGCCAAGACCAAGCUGGACGACAAAACCAAGGAGCUGGAGGAGGAACUCAAAAAAGUGCGACUGGAAAUGGAGGAAGUCAGGCAGAAGAAUAAAGACGAAGAAGAUAGCGACGUACCCACAGCCCAGAGGAAGCGUUUCACCAGGGUGGAGAUGGCCAGAGUGCUGAUGGAGAGAAACCAGUACAAAGAGCGGCUGAUGGAGCUCCAGGAAGCCGUGCGGUGGACGGAGAUGAUCAGGGCCUCGAGAGAAAAUCCAACGCUCACGGAAAAAAAGAAAUCCAGCAUCUGGCAGUUCUUCAGCAGACUGUUUAGCUCCUCCUCCAGUGCCCCGGUCAUGAAGAAGGUGGAGUCGCAGUCCAAUGUGAAGUACAACUCGCCGGGCAGUCUGGUGAAGAGGAGCAGCACCUUCUCCCAGUUCCCCACAGAGAAAUCCAAGACAUUCGACUUCCUCAACGAAGAGAAAGAUCAGUGCAGCUCCCCGUCACGUAAAGAGCAGAAGAGAGCUCAGUACAGACAGGUCAAGGCCCACAUGCAGAAGGAGGAUGGACGAGUGACUGCACACGGCUGGAGCCUUCCCAGCAAAUACAAGCAGGCAGCAAAUGGUGGCCAGUUGGAGAACAAAGUGAAUCUACCUGUACCAGUUUACUUGAGACCUCUGGAUCAGACGGAUGCUUCUAUGAAGCUGUGGUGCGCUGCUGGAGUUAACAUGUCUGGAGGGAGGACCUCAGAGCUCACAAAGCAGACAAAGGGCUCUCAGAGUAGCCUGGACCAGCUAGAGCAAGAGAGUAAGGAUCAAGAGAAAGGGGAGAAGGAGCUGAAGGAGGAUGAGAUGUCCAGCAGGGUGUGGGUGUGCACCAGCACACAUUCUUCCACUAAGGUCAUGGUCCUGGAUGCCACGCAGCCCUCCGACCUGCUGGACAGCUUCUACGCCUGCAACACACAUGUUGUUUGCAUUGCCAGUGUACCAGGUGUGUUGGACACUGAUUAUCCAGCGGGUGAGGAGGUGCCCCAGGACCUGGAGGCUAGCCAGGGCGAUGGGGUGUCGCUAGCCGGCAGCGUGGCCAGUGUGGGCUCAACGGGCAGCGACGGUGCCAUGGCAGCAGAGGGGACUACGGCCGUCCCCCAGACGGCCUGCUCCGGCGUCACGGACCUGUCGGCUGAGCAAAGUGUCAUUUCAGGCUCAGUUGAGCUGUCCAGAGAGGCCAGUCCAGCCGAAGAUGGUGUUCCUAUGGCGGAAGAGGCAACAGAAGCCACGGAGGCUAAUGCCGGUGUGGGCGACGAAGGAGAGGACCAGGGGAUGGAUCCAAAUCAGCCUGGAAUCUACACGGAGCAUGUGUUUACUGAUCCACUGGGGGUGGGACCCACCGACGCCUCCCUGACCGACAAGCAGAGGGGCUCCGCACAGGAUGGAGUUACGUCCUUAACAGAAGACUCAGACCUGAAUGAUGGAGACGUUCUGAGGAUGAGCAGCUCCCUCCCUACCAUGUGGCUGGGAGCUCAGAAUGGAUGUCUGUACGUGCACUCGUCUGUGGCUCGGUGGAGAAAGUGUCUCCAUGCCAUCAAACUGAAAGACUCCAUCCUGAGCAUAGUCCACGUUAAAGGGAGAGUCCUGGUAGCACUGGCUGAUGGGACUUUAGCCAUUUUCCACCGAAGCAUUGCAGACGGACAGUGGGACUUAACAAACUACCACCUGUUGGACCUGGGCCGACCCCACCACUCUAUCCGCUGUAUGACAGUGGUCCACGACAAGGUCUGGUGUGGCUACAGGAACAAGAUCUACGUGAUCCACCCCAAGGCCAUGAGGAUAGAGAAAUCGUUUGAUGCUCAUCCACGCAAGGAGAGCCAGGUUCGGCAGCUGGCCUGGGUCGGUGAUGGCAUCUGGGUCUCCAUCCGACUGGAUUCCACCCUCCGCUUGUUUCACGCUCACACCUACCAGCAUCUCCAGGACGUGGACAUCGAGCCGUACGUCAGCAAGAUGCUGGGUACGGGUAAACUGGGCUUUUCCUUUGUGAGGAUCACAGCUCUUGUGGUGUCCUGCAACCGCCUGUGGGUGGGGACAGGAAACGGCGUCAUCAUCUCCAUCCCUCUGUCUGAAGCAAACAAGUCAAAAGGAAUAGUGCCAAAUCGACCCGGCGCCGCUGUGCGGGUCUACGGAGACGACAGCUCAGACUGUGCUGUGCAGGGCAGCUUUGUGCCGUACUGCUCCAUGGCCCACGCCCAGCUGUGUUUCCACGGACAUCGAGAUGCUGUCAAGUUCUUUGUCACUGUUCCAGGUCAGGCGAUGCCGCCUCCAGGCAGUGACUCAGGCUCUGACGAUCCUGCAUCCGAAUCCUCCGACACAGCGAACUCCGAGCCCAAAACAUACCUCGUCAUGAGUGGAGGCGAAGGCUAUAUCGACUUCAGAAUGGGGGAUGACGGCGGCGAGUUGGACGGUUUAUCGGAACCGACAGCCAGCCAGCAGUCGACACCCACCAAGGCUGAGCGGAGCCACCUCAUUGUCUGGCAGGUCACAACUUCCCCUGAUUAAAGUGCUGCGUGAACGCCACGGCCGCCCACCGAGCCCUGCAUGCCCUCCUCACUCUUUAAUUUGUGUUUAUCAAUUGUUCUUAUUGCCUGAGUUGUUAACUCCUUUGUAAAAAAUAUUUUUAGUCUAUGUUUUGUACAGUUUCUUCUUCAUGAAUUUUAAAUGCGUGAGGUGACGUUUACAGUAUGCUAAUUUAAAAAAAAAAAUACGUCCAAGGUCUGAGUGUUGCAUGAUGGAAAAGCAGGUGCACACAGGGAAACGGCAGGUUAGCAGGUGUGAAGGUGUGAAGGGUGAUCAGGUAAUGCUGGAACAUUUGCCUCCCAAAUGUUAAGCAGACAGACAUGAAGGAUAAAAAGGAAAAGUGCUUGAAGGAAUUUUGCAAUUAUCCAAAAGGGAACAAGAGGUUUUCAUUUGAACUGAAGCAUAUUUUUACGUAAGGCUUUCAUGUUUUUUUUAAACCGUGGGAGCAUGUCGAUCUCUUAGGCUCCUUUUGGUGUGCUGGUCAUUUUUAUAGUUUUAUCAUUAAAGAAUCUAAAUCAAAGUUAAAAUGUAUAAUCAAUAUUAAUGGUUUGAAUGUUUGAACCUGAUUACGUUUCGAUUACUUGAAAAUGUAUUUGCACACCUGGGACGCAAAACCUGUCUCAGUUGCAUAAAAUAUUAAAACACAGGAAAAACAAGUGUUUGAUUCAAUAUAGAAUUCAAGCACGUUUUUAUUUUAUUUCUUUUAUUCUAAAAAGAUAAUAUUAAACCCGGCUUCCCGUACUGUGGGUCAGCUGUAGCCAGCAUGGGGAAGGCGCGUUCCUGAUCAGCAGUUUCAAGUUGUAGCCUCUUCUGUUCCAUUAGCGGCGCUACUUUCUGUUGGCACUUUAAAAUGACAUGAGUCAAAGAACACGACGUGAAUGUGCUGAUUCAGUGAAAGGAGCAAUGAAAUGUUUGUUUGCAGUGACUUGUCACCAAAGGACAAAAGAAAGAAGACAACUAUUUGACAUUUAAGAAGGAAAUUCCAACUUUAAAGCUUGUGAUUCUAAUAAUUGGAAGGUUUACAUGUCUGACUUUUUUGUCCUUUUCCUGACAAAUAACGUUUUGUGUGGCACCUUCUAUUGAACAUGCACACAGCACUAAAGAGCAUCUGCUGAGUCACUGACCCUCAUGAUUUUGUUUCUAAUAUGUCAUUUUGUGUUUUUGAAUAAUGAGUAUUUUCAUGAUGACUAGAGAAGUGUUUUAAUUUGUUUUUAUAUCUGAAGACUUGAGUUAAGUUUGCUCUACAGUCCAUUUAAAAGUCCUACCUUUAUAUAGCGUUUAUGCCAUUCCAGUAUUUAUUUCCUUUGUCAUCGAGCCGACCUUGGUUCAGAAUGUAACUUUCUAUAUGAGCAAAAUAUAAAAGGAGGCUAUUAAAAAUAAAAUAGUCCCAUGCGUUUACAUGAUUGUUAAUUAUGGGUAAAUAAAAAACAAAUGAAAUGUUUGACAAACCAUGAGACCAAUAUGUGCAAACACAAACUCCACAUUCAUGGACUAAGCUAUGCAUGUUUUUUUAAGGGAACACUGCUCUGUUUAUCAGCUGAUCGGUUUAAUGCCACCGUUUUGGGUGGGGUGGAAGUCUAGAUGCUGAGUCCAGUGUGCGUGUGGUUCUUUGUACACUCCCUGUAUAUGUAUAUGUAUAUGUAGGAGCGCAAGGCGUCUGUCAGCGUGUGUCUCACCUUUGCUGUGUGUUUGCUCACUCUGUCCGUCUGUAACUCCCCAGAGCCGGUCGCUCCGGACGUCUGGACACUAAGUGGUUUUUCCUGGUCGAUGUUUGCUAAAAUAGCAUCAUAGCCUUAUUUUUAACAAUCUAUUAAACUCAGUUUCAUGGAGAAA